AUGGUCAACACCAUCUGUGUUUGUCCAGAUGAAGGCCCUGCAGUAAAGGGCUUCUACCCUUUACUACUAGUGCUGCUUUUCAUAUUGAGAGAGCAAGUUGAAUAUCAGCUUCUAGGAGAUAAUUGGGUUUUUCAGAAACUAAGACUUUGGAGUAAUGAAGAAGUAGAAGAGAUGCCACUGAACGCCGUGGGAGAGCAGAGGGUUGGAGCCAGCCGUGUGCCUGCCGUGAUGGACUCCCAGAAUAUCUAUCUGUCCCAUCCUGGGAACCACAGGACUCCCGGAAGCCAGGGGCAGCCCCUGGAGCCGGCCGAUUACUCCAACUCCAGAGAGGCCCAGCGUCUUGCAGGAACCAUCUUUACACGGACCCCACCUCUGCCGGGACAGGUGCCAGCAGGAGGGAGAGCCACACAUGGUCAGUCCCCUCCAUCCCAGCAUCCGGCAGGCCCCCACGCUUGGCCCGGCACGACUCAGCACACACAAGGACCUGGAAACACACAACCCGUGCCUGGAUACCCUCCGAAUCCUUCCGGGAACACCUCCAACCAGUUCCAGUGGAACCUGUCAUUCCCGUCCUUUUCUACGUUUGAUUUCAAGAAAUUCACCAUUGAGGAAGCUAAAACACUAGGGGCCAUCCAGAUCCUCAUCGGCCUGAUGCACAUCUUCUCUUCAAUCAAUUUCUGGAUGUAUAAGUAUAAUCUACUCGGGGAGUCAGGAUAUAUGAUCUGGGGAGGAAUAGCCUUUGUUGUCUCCGGAUCCCUCUCAGUGUAUACUGAAAAGGACCCCAACCCGUGCGUGGUAAAUGUCAGCGUUGGUGCCAACAUAGUCAGCGCCGUCUGCUCAUUGCUGGGGAUCUGCAUUAUCAUCACAGACAUGAUCUAUGGAACCCAUCAUAUUACUAGCAACAUCUCGAUGUCUGCUACUCUCUUCCCCUUCUCCCUCCUGGAGUUCAUCCUUUCAUGUGAGCUUUCAUACUUUGGGUUCCAGGCUGUCUGCUGGAACCAAGUGUGGAUCUCCAGCCAGGGGCCCGGCACAGCCGGGGCCUACCCAGCCAGCGCUCCCACCAUCCCGGCCAGUGUAAACACCGGCCCUGCCAACGUUUCCAGCCACCAGACCCGCAUCAACAACCCCCCUGCCAGCUUUCUCUACCCCACCAGCACUCCCCCGAAUGUGCCCAGUGAGCCCAUAUACAGUAGUGUGGCUGAUUCGUGA